AUGGUCGCCCCAAAUGAUGGGCCUUACGGCGAAGACAAAAUUCAACAUGAUACCACUAUUCAUCGGCUGGGAACGGGAAGCUUUUUUUCGGCGUUUUUUACGGAGCGAACGUCUUCAACAAACAUACUACCCCCUCUUUUUUUUUUCAUUCCACCAUUUGAGUUGCCCCCGCAAGUGGUGUUUCUCCAUCCGGGUCUCGCAUUUGCGUGCGGGCCCCAUGCCCUUUCAGGCUCGAAAGGGGGCGGGUGA